AUGGCUAGUCGAGUGAAGGAGGAUGAGAAAAAUGAACGAAUUAUUCGUAGCCUUCUUAAACUUCCCAAGAAUCGCAGAUGCAUUAACUGCAACAGUCUGGGGCCACAAUAUGUUUGCACGAAUUUCUGGACAUUUGUUUGCACAAACUGCAGUGGAAUACAUCGGGAGUUCACGCACCGAGUAAAAUCAGUAUCAAUGGCCAAAUUUACUUCACAAGAAGUUAAUGCCCUUCAAGAAGGGGGAAAUCAGCGUGCAAAGGAAAUUUAUCAUAAAGAAUUGGACCCGCAACUAAUGACUACGGUUCUGAUUCAGAUGUUUGCUUCCAGUAAUGUUGAGAGACUUCGAGACUUUAUUAAGCAUGUGUACGUGGAUAGAAGAUAUACUGGUGAGAGAAACUCGGACAAGCCUCCAAGGGCGAAAAUGGGUGAGAAGGAAGACUCUUAUGAAAACAGAAGACUGGAUUCAUAUCAGGGAGGCUCUCGAAGCCCACCAUAUGAUGAUACAUAUGAACGUCGUUACAGUGAAAGGUCUAGUCCUGGUGGAAGAAGUUAUGAUGGGCAAAGAAGUCCUGGAUAUGAUCUAGAAGCCCGGCAGUAUAAUGAUUAUAAGAAAAGUCCUGGUCGCCCUGAAAUUAGAACUGCGUCGUCCAGCAGCUUGGGAUCCACCAAUGAGAAUCUGGUGGAAGUGAAACUGGAGACUUCUGGAAGUUUAAUUGAUUUUGAUGCUGAUCCUGAACCUGCUCCUGCUGCUGCAGUUCCUCAACCGCAACAAACUACUGUAGCUCAAUCCUACCCACAGCCAACAAAUUCAACCAAUGACAAUAAUUGGGCCUCUUUUGAUGUUGCUCCAGAAGUGAAAGCACCUCAAGCUCCUGCGAAUGUGAAUUCAUUGGAAUCUCUGCUAUCACAAUUGUCAGUUUCAGCACCUGGCCCUAGUUAUGUUUCUGGAGCUACAGGUAAUAUGGGUGCUCCCACAAUUGCACCAUCAAGCAGCGUGUCAACAUUUUCCCCUGUUGGUGCUCCGGUUCCUGCGCCAGGAUUGGCUCAAGUAUUCCCAGUCAAUGGUGGUAGUUUCCUUGUUAAAGAUCCUACUUCCGGGCAAUGGCCUACCAUGCAGCAUCAGCAACCUUCUUUAUACUCUGCUAAUGGUAUUCAGCCUGCUGCUCAACAAUUAUACCGUCAGUUGAUGGAGCUUCAAGCAAUCAGGUUGACCUUGUGGUGCCAAGUAUCUCUGCACCACAAGCACAACAAGAUGCCUCAAGAUCUGGCCAUGAUGUUAGUACUAUUGCAUCACAACCUUCAGCUGGUGAUUCAAAACCAAGUGGAAGAAGGGAACUUCCUGCGAGUCGGACUGUACCCGUGUAUUCCUCUUUGUGUGUAUCUGUCCGGCUCUACAUGUGCAGGAUGCGACUACAUGUUGAGGGAUGGUGUUAGCUUGGUAUACAUUGUUGUUUCCUUCUGCGGCAUCCUUUCAAGCUGCCCUACCAAACUUCCAGUCUUUGUCCCGACCAGGUUUAGUGCGCACUUCCCGCCUCAAUACUCCCUCAUCAGCUUGGAUGCCGCUCCAGUCAUCAUCAUAUUCUUCAGCAGUGCCUUCCCAAGCACCACAAUAUGCAUCACUAGUGCCUCACCAGUUAUCAUCAUAUUCUUCAGCAGUGCCUUCCCAAGCACCACAAUAUGCAUCACUGGUGCCUUCCCAAGCACACAGUAUGCAUCACUAGUGCCUCACCAGUUAUCAUCAUAUUCUUCAGCAGUGCCUUCCCAAGCACCACAAUAUGCAUCACUGGUGCCUUCCCAAGCACCACAGUAUGCAUCACUAGUGCCUCACCAGUUAUCAUCAUAUUCUUCAGCAGUGCCUUCCCAAGCACCACAAUAUGCAUCACUAGUGCCUUCCCAAGCACCACAAUAUGCAUCACUGGUGCCUCCCUAG